CCCGUUACUCCUCACAGUCCGAUAUGGAUGCUCCUCGAGCGUCACCCCUUGUAUUCCACCCUCACGGCUGAGGAAUCUUUUGGUCCUUGAUAUGUCGAAGCUCCUUUCUUUGUUGCGGGCUGUACCUGGCGGACUGGAGGUUCGGGGUUAAUUUGAGGCUGUACGAUUGCCUACUGUCUCUUUUGACCAUCCACAAACUUACGAUGCCUACGGUCUGUUCAUUAUCCCCGUGCAGUAAAGUUUGUACGGUCAAUCAUGUCAUCGACAGCGUCUGGCGCACAGGCCGCAUCUCCCACCACAAAUCGCGAAACCACAAGAGCCUCAGUCAACGCUGCGGAGAACCCAUCAACCAAGCCUCACGGAGCUGAACUGCCGCCCCGCCGUGGCCACCAAAAGAUCGUUUUUACAGACCCGGUCGCUCUGCGGUACCUCGAAGAAGAUCCGUCGACUGUCGUGCUGCAUCGUCGUUUGGCCUUGGAGGGCUAUGAGAUAUACAUUGUUGAGCAAUGGGCGUGUUCAAGGAUUCACCCCACCUUUGUUAUCACAACAUUCACGGGAGACUCGUCGCAUAAAGUGGUCGCUGGAGUGUUAGGGGUUCCUACGGACGAGUCGACAUGGUCGCCCCGGUUGAAACUCUACUUCAAUGCAGUUAAGAGGUUUCAGCUACGAGAGAAAGAGACGCCCCUGGGCACAGUCAUGGUGACAGAUUUGAACUCGUUCCCAUCGGGAUUAUCCGUCAUAGCUGUGCCAGAUGGCGACAUCCUUAAGCACCGUGAAGACUUUGUUGUGAAUGAGAACCUGAAACGGUUAGGCUGUGCUGGUCGAGCCGGUUUGAAGCUCCAAGAACCAGCACCUGCUACCGUCGCUAAAUUUCACCAAUUAUACCGGACAAGCGAAAGAAUCCCCCUUUACAGCGCCGUGGUGGAGCUUGUCAAACAAUGUCAAAUCGCUUUGAUGAUGUUUGGUAAGCUGGCACCGGAGUAUGUGGAUGGCUUACUUUGCGAUGUCACUGAAGAUGCUGUGGGAGACUGGUGGACCGAUUUCGGAAUGGACCUGUAUAACAUCGAACCAAGCGAUGGGAAGCUCGGUCCUACCACAGUAGCAGCCUUGCUAGGUACUCUGAUGGGGGCUCGCAACCGGCUUCAUGCGAGCGGUGCCCCUGUCGGCAAGGAUGCCUUUGACAUCGUUAACCUCAAACGCGGAAUCGGGAGUUUUCAAAAAUCUCAGAAAAUUGAACGGACGCGGCGGCUGGAUCGCCACACUUUGGACAGAUUACACCGAGUUACUGCAAAGGCAGCCAAUGCUGAGGGCUGGACUGACGCGGUCAAAUCAACCAUGGCUGAGCUCAGCGGGCACGGGGGCGAGAUGGUUAUGGGCAUGGUUCGCGGCAAAGAGAAAGGGGGCAUUGCCGAUAUUGAAACAAUUGACAUUGACAACUUCGCCCAACUGAUCAGCGGCGAAAGAGCAAAGUGGUUAUGGCGAGGGAAGCCACGAAAGAGCACUGUUGAGUCCAAUGGACCCCCAGCUGCGGAUAUGAUGUUCACCACCGACGAGCAAGGCGGGUACGUCUGGACUAGCCGCAAGCGUCAUUCCCAUGAGGACCUUGGCAUGGAGCCCUCUUUCCAGCGAUCUGAACGCUCGUGGAAACAAGCGGAAGCGGCUGGAUUGCCGGAGGACAAAGAUCAGAACCUCAGUAGGAUGGUCAUGAAAGGCGUCAGUGAGAAGGUUUCCGACGCUCGGAUAGGGUUUGGCAAGUUCAAAGACGCCGUCGGGAUACCUGGUCUUCGGUCACACAAGGCGAAGGAUGGCUCGGAGUUUGGUGGUGAUGCAGCGCAACUCGCUCUGAUGGAAAGUGAGACUGAGACAGGCCCUUGGCCUAAUCACGAGGAUGCUCCUUUACCCGAAACACAUAUAUCGAAUGACGGCGAGAUGGGGGAACAACCGCUGAGCACGGCCGACCAGCCUGCUGAAAAAUCACCACCAGCAAUCACAGUGGAGUCUGCUGCACCCAACGAAGACACAGAAACGUCACGCAAGGCAUCCGUAUCCCGAACAGACGAAGAGAUGCACGACUUGGACCUUUUUAAAACGCGAUCCACGGACGCAUCGGCUGUUUCAGGCGAUCAAGAAAGAGCACCAACCCCAGCAUCCUGCGCUAUGGUCCUGCGAAGACCGCAUAGCUGCGACGAACUUUAUUCAGACGACAGUUUUGAAAGAAGAAAUGAAUAUUGGCCGCGGCACCUGUCCUUUAGCAUCGUAGAGGAGGUUGUUCUUGUGCGAAAAGGUCUAGAUGACCGUACAAUCUUUGAGAGCUCGGAUGCUACCCUGGAAGAAGCCAUAGUUCACGAAGACGUACUGGCCUCCGAUGCGCGAAUUUCAAGGGCUCGAAUCCGCGACCUCGAAUUAAACACAGUUCCAUGGGUCGAGAGCCAAGUGUCCUCGGUUGACAGGCUGAACCACACUCUUUACGAGACUCAUGAGAAGAUGAGCUCGAAGUACCUCGAACGAUUUGAGCUGUACCAGCAAGUUAGGGAGCGCUCCGGUAAUGUACUGGCUGCGGAGCACUCGCAGCUCACUGAACAUAUGAAACGAGUCGAGAUGCUAGGAGCUAAGCUUGACUACGAACUGCAUGCCCUAGAGACUAAAGUUGAAGAUGUUGAAACCGGGCUCGGAGAAUUCGAACGCCAUGUCAACGAGAUCGAACUGAGGGUCAAAUCUUUGAUACGCGGAGAAAAGAAGCAGAAUUACUCGUGGCUAUCCUGGUUGAGCAGACUAGGAGGUCAUUGGCAAUAG